CAGAGGUGGAGGUGGACCACCCUGAGGUGGAGGACCAAAUACCGCUUUCACAUAUAUAUACAGCGAGCUCGACAAAAUGCCCUCCAUCCGCCCACCACUCUUCAUCCACUCAAACAUACACCACCACAAGCUAUAACAACCAUGCCUACUGUAUUGCUCACCGGCAUCACCGGCUUCCUCGCCGCCCACGUCGCACUCUCCUUUCUCAGACACGACUGGACAGUCCACGGCACCCUCCGCUCCGAAUCCAAACGCUCCGCCGUGGAGGCCAUCCCCGAAUACGCCCCCUACCUCGCGUCGGGCAAACUCAAGCUCUUCACCGUCGGUCCUCUCGAAUCUGCCGAUUAUGAAGAGGCGAUCAAGGGUGUGGAGGCGGUGGUGCAUACUGCUUCGCCGGUAGAGUUUGGGAAUGAGGGGUUCAGGGAGAAGCAUUUGGGGCCGGCUUUGGAGGGGACGAAGGGGGUUUUGGAAGCUGUCGCCCGAGAAGCCAGCGUCAAGUCUGUUGUUUAUACUAGUACCUUUGGUGCUGUGGGCCAACACAGGUCUCACCCGACCGAGCUCAAAGGCCGCGUCAUCACCGAAGACGACUGGAACCCAUACACCCUCGAAGAGCUCGACGCUAUCGCCGCCGCCAACAAGUCCGACAACCCAAACCACCCGCCCGGUGUCUUGUUCUACAUGGGCAGCAAGAAAUACGCCGAGCUCGCCGCGUGGGACGCGCAGAAGGCCGCUCGAGCCCAAGGCGCGGAGUGGAGUUUGGCGGCUAUAAACUGUGUUAUGAUUUUUGGUCCUCCUAUCCAACCACUUACGUCGCUGAGCAAUGGCGGCAUGUCAACCGAAUGCCUCUGGAUGCUCGCAGGCGGCCCAGAGACGGGGGUUAUGGAAGCUGCUUUCCCUUACUAUGUUGAUGUCAGGGACGCUGCCGAAGCGCAUUACCAAGCUGCCGUCGAACAUGCGCAGGGGAGGUUCAUCCUGUCUGCUCGUGCCUACGAUUUCCAAGAAGUCGCCGACAAGCUCCGCCACCUCUACCCCGCCCAAGCAGGCCGUUUCGCACAAGGUACCCCAGGCAAGUAUAUGUACAAGGACCCUGGGAUUUAUGAGCUUUCAAAUGAGAAGAGUCGGAAGGAGCUUGGUAUUCAGUGUGAGUAGCAUCGUGCGUCUGGGGGAAAUAUGAAGGCUGAUACAAAUAUAUAACUAGACCGAGCGAAGGAUGAGACGAUCAAAGACGCUUUCGAUAGGUUUUUCGAGCUCGAGCAGCAGGGGUUGAAGUAGGGCGUUCGCUCUCAGACUUUUUUGCUUUGAGAUCAAGAGACUCGUCGUGUUUGGUGACUGUGGAUGGGGCUGUAUGAUGAGGUGGCUUUGAUGCUCGAAUGAUGGGUCUCGCUUUUUUAUAUUCUGAAUGAAGGUUGUGCUUUAUGA